AUGUAUAAACUCAUCAGAAAUCAUCUGCUCCUUCUUCCCGGGACCAUCCUGGCAGCCGGGUUCGGAUCGGGUCCAACAGACCAGCAAAAACCGCUUACAUCCCGGACCUGUCUCGCCCCACUGCCCGCAUCCGCAUCGGACCCCCGAGCCAACUUCCCGGAUUGCACCCGGGAUCCCCUCUGCUCCAUUGACGUGUGCGACGAGUCUCUCUCUCCAUACCAGCGCGCAAAGUCACUCAUAGCCGAGCUCACUGUAUGGGAGAAGCUGGAUAACCUCGUCAACGAAGCGCCCGGCGUCUCGCGACUCGGGAUCCCGCCAUAUGAGUGGUGGUCCGAGGGCCUCCACGGCGUCGCGUCGUCGCCGGGCACAAAGUUUGCAGAGAGCGGCAACUUCAGCUACGCGACGUCGUUCCCGCAGCCGAUUGUCAUCGGCUCGGCUUUUGAUGAUGAGCUGGUGGAGGCCAUUGGGGCCGUGGUCAGCAAGGAGGCGAGGGCAUUUAGCAAUGAUGGCAGAUCCGGACUUGAUCUAUACUCGCCCAAUAUCAACGCCUUCAAAGACCCCCGCUGGGGACGCGGUCAAGAAACACCCGGCGAAGACCCAUUUCACCUCCAAAACUACGUCGCGGCAAUGCUCACAGGCCUCGAAGGAUCCUUCGACCCAUCCAACAAGAACCUCAUCGCGACAUGCAAACACUACGCAGCCAACGACUUUGAGCACUACAACGGCGUCGACCGCGCCGGCUUCAACGCAAUCAUCACGACCCAGGACCUCUCAGAGUACUACCUCCCACCCUUCAAGACGUGCGCCGUCGAGAAGAACGUGGGCUCCUUCAUGUGCAGCUAUAACGGCAUCAACGGCACACCCUUAUGCGCCAACGCAUAUCUCCUGGAGGAUAUCCUACGCGGCCACUGGCGAUGGAACGGCGAAGGCCAAUACGUCUCCACGGACUGCGACUGCGUCGCUCUCAUGGUCUCGUACCACCACUACGCGCCAGAUCUCGGACACGCUGCCGCGUGGUCGAUGAAGGCCGGAACGGACCUGGAGUGCAACGCCUUCCCCGGCUCCGAGGCCCUGCAGCUGGCGUGGAACCAGUCUCUUAUCUCCGAGGAGGAGGUUGAUCGCUCUCUGACGAGGAUGUAUACGGCGCUCAUCUCCGUCGGCCAGUUUGACUCUGCGCGAGAGCAGCCGUUGCGAUCGCUGCUCUGGCGAGACGUCGAUACGAAGGAGGCGCGGGAGCUCGCUUACAGGGCAGCCGUCGAGGGCUCGGUGCUCCUUAAGAAUGAUGGGAUCUUGCCUCUGUCCGCAGAUUCGAGCAAGAAGUUUGCACUCGUUGGGCCUUGGGCAAAGGCUACGACGCAGAUGCAGGGUAAUUACUACGGCCCGGCGCCGUACUUGAUCUCCCCGUAUCAGGCUGCUCGAGACCUCGGGCUAGACUUCACGUAUACCCUGGGCUCCAAGAUCAACGCCUCGGAUGACUUGCUUUCCGACGCACUCAAAUCAGCAAAGGAAGCAGACGUGGUCAUCGUCGCAGGUGGCGUCGACAACACCCUAGAAGCCGAAACACUCGACCGCAAGACCCUGGCUUGGCCUGAACCUCAGCUCGAGCUUCUCCGUGCUCUCGCAGACAUCGGCAAACCCGUCAUUGUGCUUCAAUUCGGUGGUGGGCAGGUCGAUGACACGGAGCUCCUGGCCAGCGACUCCGUCAGCGCGAUCCUCUGGGGCGGAUACCCAGGUCAGUCCGGGGGCAAGGCCAUCUUCGACUUACUCUUCGGACGCGAGGCGCCGUCUGGAAGGUUAUCUGUCACGCAGUACCCGGUGAUCUACAGCGAAGCGGUCCCGUCGACGGACAUGAAUCUCCGACCGGUACCGGGUAACUCGGGCCUCGGGCGGACGUAUAUGUGGUACCUCGGCGAGACGCCCGUACCGUACGGCUUCGGUUUGCACUAUACGACCUUUGACGUCAAGCUCAAAGCGCUACAAGAGCCUGUCGUCGCCACAACUAAACAGCUCACUCUUUCGGAAGACAGCGAGGAUGCGUCUCGUGUACCAUCAUGGCAAAAGACCCUGGAGAGGUCGAUGCUGACUGUUGCGGUGACUGUCACCAAUGCGGGGAAAGUUACCUCUGACUACGUGGCACUGCUAUUCCUCACAUCGGAUGCCGGUCCCGAGCCCAGGCCGCUCAAGACUCUCGCGGGAUACACUCGCUUCAGAAGUAUUCAACCUGGCCAGGCCGCCGUGAAGGAGGUCGUCAUCACCGUGGAGCGUCUGGUACGGGUCGAUGUGCUAGGGAAUCGGGUGCUGCAUCCCGGAUCGUAUGAGGUGUUUGUGGACCUGGAUAAGAAAGCGGUGCAUAAGUUCCACGUGGGUGGUCCAGCGGUGGUGGUUGAGAAGUUUCCACAGCCGAAAGCUUAG